UUGAGUCUGGGUAUUUGAACAUCUGUUUGCCCCUUUUCCACCCUCUGCUGUGUCCUUGGCAGUAUGUUCCCUACAAGAUAAUUGAAGGGGAACACUAUUACCAUUUCAAACACCGAGGCAUGGUGCAGGAAUCGCUGAACAGACACUGGGGCUGGCAUGUGCAUCUGAAAAGAGAGCCCAAGGUCCAGUGGUUUGAGCAGCAAACGCUGAAGAGGCGUACGAAAAGAACCAUCGCUGUCGUGCCAACAGAUCCUUGGUUCCAUAAACAGUGGUACAUGAACAACGAUGUCCAUCCAGACCUGAACAUCCUUACCGCUUGGAGCAAAGGGUACACCGGCUUGGGCGUGGUGCUCUCCAUCCUGGAUGAUGGACUGGAGAGAGACCACCCCGAUCUGUCUGCUAACUAUGAUCCCCUUGCGAGUUAUGACUUCAACAGCAACGAUCCGGACCCACAGCCUCGUUACAACCUCUGGGAUGAGAAUCGGCACGGGACACGCUGUGCAGGAGAGGUGGCAGCGGCAGCCAACAACAGACUCUGUGGAGUCGGCGUCGCGUACAAUGCAAAAAUUGGAGGUGUGAGGAUGCUCGAUGGUCCCAUCACAGACAUCGUGGAGGCUCAGUCCUUGAGUUUCCGCCCCCAACACAUCCACAUCUACAGUGCAAGCUGGGGCCCAGAGGAUGAUGGUAAAACUGUGGAUGGACCUGGGAUCCUGGCCCUGGAAGCUUUCUACAAGGGGAUAGCGAAUGGGCGCGGCGGCCUGGGGUCUCUCUUCGUCUGGGCCUCUGGCAAUGGCGGCAUCCACUCGGACAACUGUAACUGCGAUGGGUACACCAACAGCAUCUACACCCUGUCGGUGGGCAGCGCGACCCAGAGCGGCCGGGUGCCCUGGUACAGCGAGGCCUGUGCCUCCACCCUCACCACCACCUACAGCAGCGGCAUCAAGAGCGAGAAGCAGAUCGUGACAACUGACCUGCGGCACCGCUGCACGGACAAGCACACGGGCACCUCGGCCUCUGCCCCCCUGGCUGCUGGGAUGAUCGCGCUCGCUCUGGAGGCCAACCCAGCACUGACCUGGCGCGACAUGCAGCAUCUCAUGGUGAGAGCCUCCAAGCCAGCCCACCUGCAGGCAGAAGACUGGGCCCUGAACGGAGUCGGACGCAAAGUAAGCCACCAUUACGGCUAUGGACUCCUGGAUGCUGGAGAUCUGGUGGACCUGGCCAAGAAGUGGACUACAACCAGGCCCCAGAGGAAGUGUUCCGUCAAGGUUGUCUACGUGCCCCUGGAGAUAGGCUCAAAACUCACAGUCAGCAAAGAAGUCUCCACCUGCAUCGGGAGGACCAGGCAUAUCCGCUCCCUGGAGCACGUCCAGGUCCGCAUCUCUCUAAGCUACAGCAGGAGAGGGGAUCUGGCCAUCUCUCUGACCAGCCCAAUGGGAACCAAGUCCACCCUGGUGGCCAUCAGGCCAUAUGACACCAGCAACCAGGGCUACAGGGAUUGGUCCUUCAUGUCCACGCACUUCUGGGACGAGGACCCACGGGGCACCUGGACGCUCUUCCUAGAGAACAAGGGUGAUGCUUACAACACAGGGUUCCUCACCAGCUUCGUCCUGCAGCUCUACGGAACGGACGAGGACAUGACGGCCAGGAAGAUAGCAGCCUCCGUUGUGAGCGAGUGUGUGAGGCGGGACUCCGAGGGAGCGUGCGAAGAAUGCAGCAGUGCCUUCUAUGCGUUCCAGCACCUCUGCCUGUCCUACUGCCCUCCCCGCUAUUACAACCGAUCCAGGAGGUCCCCCAGCCUGGACAGGAGCCCACAUCCUGCCCAGGUCUGUGCCACCUGCCACCCGUCCUGCUACACCUGCCGGGGGGACACAGCCAACAACUGCACCGCCUGCCCCCCCUUCUGCACCUUCCACGAGCUCUCCCACUCCUGCUCCCCGCCGGCGUACCCCUCCGUCUUUCCCAGCAAGCCUGCAGCGGCGCACCGGCAGCACCUCAUCUUCAUCGUCCUGGCAAUCCUGCUGGGUGGGGGCCUUCUCCUCAUGGGUGUCCUCUGCAUCACCUGCUAUGGGGUGUCCCUCGCCGCCUCCUGGAAGCAGCAGAGGGGACUCUCUGCUCUGCCCACAGCUGCUGGCCUGGAAGGGGGAAAUCAGCCUGGGACCCCAAGAGAGGCUGGGUGCUUAAAUGAGCUCGGGCAGCUGCAGGCUCUGGGGCCACCAGCGGAGGGCAGCGCUGGCCACCUAGCCCAGACCCUGCCUGCAGGCCAUGCUGCUUCCAGACUUAGAACCUGAGACCGCCCCCCACCUUGUGAA